AUGCUGCCAAGGCUGCACACUGAUAUGAUGAACGACAAGCCAGGCCCGCUCACCAGGAGGGCAAGCAAGAGACAGAAGAUUGCCAACUUCUUCAAGUCAUGGAAGCACCGCCAAUCCCACCCUCGCGACAAGACUAUGCCACCCACCAAGCAUGUCGAUGACACUGGCCCGACCCCGCCACCCGUAAACACCACCGCUCCCGACCAUGGUAGCAAUGCCCCCGCCCACCAUCCCGACCCCCAUGGCCUGCCACCACCCAAACCUACUCCUGCACCACAACCACAAUCAAUACUACCACCACCGCAAGACACUAGCCCGCACCAGACCGACCCCUUGACCCUCACCCAGCUUCACGUCCUUUUCGCCGGCGCCCCGCAAUUCCGAGUCGCAAAAGUCAACGGCCGCCGCACCCCUACAGCCUCGUUUCCUUGGAGCGUCCAGGCUGCCACCAAGGACGCGACCGAUGUCGCUCCUCUUGCUGAGCCUGCCUUCUCCGCUGCAACCCUGCACAAACACUCUCUCAAGGCCCAGCCUCUUGACGAGUCCCCGAAAGAGUACAAUGGAUAUGCAGUCGACGCCGUCGAAACCCCUUCUAUGCUUGGCACUCAAGGCAUCGAGCCUGGAACAGUUGGCUUCGCUCACUUUCUCGAGUUGCCCGAGUCCGAUGUCCUUCUCAGCCAACCCCAAGCAUCCCAAUCAGCUGCCGACUCGACCGAGGCGACCAAGAAUAAGGAAUUGUUACACACCAACCCAGAGCGUCUGGGUAUCCGUUCAGUCGACCUCCGCCUGAUAUACGACCGCUUGGGCGAGUUUCAGGACAUGUACGAGGCAUUCCACGAUAGCCCCGAGCCCAUGACUAUCCUCAACACUCAGACGUCUGGGGACCUGUACGCCAACUUGUUCACCAAGUUCCUGACCCCACCUGGCUACGACGGCGCGACCGACGAUCCCACUGGAAUGCAAACACAGAUUGCCGCCUUACUGAGGGUUCUAGACUUGAAGGGAAUUUGGUACGAUUUUAGCUUGGUAGAGUGGAGGAUUAGGCUGGGCCAGAUCUUGUGGAGUGAGCCAGACCUGAUACCUGAGCACGAGCACGACACACAGCCCCUGUGGACUGAGCGCGAGAUUCUGCUCCUCCAAAUCACCUUGGCGUGCGAGCUGCUGCUCCGACUAGAUGCCUACACAAACGCCGACGCCGCCGAUGCUGCCGUCCGACUGCGCAUCAAUCCCCAAGAUGUCGAAGCGUUUCUCCAGUUCAAGACUCGAAAGAUUGAUUGGGAUCUGGUCCUUGCCCGCACAUUUCUGGACAACAUUGCUAUAAUGGGAGGCUCCCAAACGUCUCCCAAACCCAAGUCGGGUGGCUUACUCUCUCUGUUCGCUGAGAAUGCCCACCACGAGAUGCCCCAAUCAGACCUUAUCUUGUUUCCGCAGCACCAGACGCGGCAGAUCUCCGGCCUUCUUCACUUUGCCACUGUUAUACAGUGGCCUGGCCUAGACGUUGUGUCUGCCCAACUUGUUCGCAAGUUGGCACCACAGAUCAAGAGCGAGGAUACCACACCAUCAUCCCCAAGUGGCAGGUUGACAAGCCCAGAAUCUCCUUCUGGCUUCAGUGUAUACGCAACCCCUUUACAAACCCCACCAGCUUCUAGCUUUCAAAUGGAGAGCUACUUUGGGCAAACCGCAAAGCCAGCGCUAGAGCGCAACAACUCUCGAGCUUUCCACAUGGCCCUUACCCCUACCUUACCAGCUCUCGAAGACCAGUCCACGGCUUUUGUGAACAACGUUGGUGGGUGGCUUAGCCGGUCAUACCUCACGGGACUCGUCCUUCCUGGAGAGGCUAUUUCACACCUGCUCAUCUCCACAUUACUCGAAAACGAUGAGAUUGCCGUCGCCAACCUUGGUCACUCUGCCAAUCUGUAUGGGGGUUUCACUUUCGGCGACAGGACUUUCUGGAGCAAGAACUCCAUCGUUGGGCGCAUCCUGGCUUGUGUAAAGGGUUCCGCAGAGUGUAUGGGCUGGGUGUCUUGCCCAAAACUGCCAGAGAAUCCAGCUGAACGCUGGUACUCUAUUCACAGUGAAGUUCUCCCUUACGAAAACCGCGUGCAGGAGAGGGACGGUUCCGAUGUCGUCUCACGAGACUCCGCAAUCGUGCCUGGAGAUUCUCCUACUUCAGUCAAGUCAGAAGACUUUGUACUUCCCCGGGACCUUGACCCGAUGCCGACCUCCUCUCUUGGGUUUUCGCAAUGGGAGCUUGUCCCAAUGAACGCCGAUCUCAUCGAUGGCGACAGCUUGACAGGACCAUACUCUGAGAGCGAUAUACACUCUCCAGCUAUGACAUUUGUUUCAGCCGACGGGUCGGCCAUCCAUACACUAACGCUAGCCUACGAUAUCCAGUUUGUAACUUCGUGGCCAUGCACACCGGCCGCAUCUGGGCCUGCCUCUACGCAUCGGCCCAGGGUCCUGAGACGCUCUGUCACAGGAACAUUAUCAAGAUCUUCAUCAAAACAUAGCGAAACCAUGUCCCGCCGCAACAGCCAUGGCUUCGAGCCACUACUAUCACAUCCGCCAGAUGCCCCUACCAACGAGCCAAAACGCAUGUACGACGUGCCUGAUGAAAUGGCUGGCGAAGGACUCGCGACAGGCAGCAAGCCCCUGGAUGCGCAUUUACUUCACAAAUUGUACUCGUACAAGAUCAUUCCUGUGACCGAUAUUCUGGAUCCAGAUUUUCUCCUCCCCUUUGAACUGCACACGUCAAAGUCGAGCGAACGCAUACUCGCCCUGUCCCAGAGUGAUUACAGCGAAGCAGACACAAUCCGCGAGACUAAGAAGGCAGUCCUCGUCCUCGACGCCCGCACAUCUUGGGAUCUCGAAGUCCUGGCCCGAGCUUGGUGUGCAGAGAGGGGUCUCCAUGCUCUUGUUAGCCGCGUGGGGAGAACGUGUCUCGCCUGUUCGAUUCGAGAGGCUAGAGGUCUGGGAAUUCAUAUCGUUAUAAGGGUUUAG